UAAUGUUGACGGCCGAAGCCGAAGUGGAUUGAGGUCGUUUUUGACUCUCUACAAUUUUUUUUCUAGUACUGUAUGUAUGACCCACUAUCGCUAUAGCGCACGUCUCUGCUUAGGUCGGUUGAAACUUGAAAGAAGCUACUGGAAAUUGAGAAAAUUUAGAAAAUGGAAAGGGUGGAAAAAGUGGAGCUCAUACAGAGAGCCAUAGAGCAGUUAAUAGAACAAGAAGAACAAGUCCAAUCCAAAAGACGUCAGCUUCUUGAAGAGAGCUUUGUCGCCGUUGAUAAUACCAUCAACAGAGAUGAUGAAGGUGAAAAGGAAGCCGAGCACCGCCACCAACUCCUCUCCCAACUUUUAACUCAGCUAGAAUCGCUGAAAGAAGAUACGCCACUUGAUCAAAUGAGUCAAUCAACCAACAUAGAAGAAAUUCCAUCAGAUGAUGAAGACAGAGAAAAAGAAAAAAAUGUUGUAAAAGAACUAAGGAAGAUUCAGAAGCAGAACUUUGUCACUCAUUGCCUUUUAUCAGCUAUGAUAGUCCUCACCAUAACAUGGCAACUAUCCGAGGUCUCUCUCAUUUUGAAAAUGAAAGAUGGAUUAAAUAAUCCUCUUAGAUCCAUUGGUAGUAUGAUUACAAGCUGGAUUAAGCGCCCUCCACCUUCAUUAAAUGUUCAACAAGGCGAUUUAAACGACUCUGCCAAGCAGCUAAAGCAUAAGGUGGAGGCUAUGUCUCUCCCAAAGCUAAAAGUUCCAGAGCUUCCUCAUGUGGAGUUUCCAUCUUUGGACUUUAUCACUGAAGAAGACUAGUAAUUCUUUUUUUAUUUUCGCAUUAUUUCAAUACAGCAACUUGUGCAUGUAAUAGCUUGUAUAUUGUACAAUGUAAGGGCAUAAAGUUUUGGAUGGAUUCACUGCGAAGCAAAAGUACUUUAUCAUCAUUUGUUUAAACAUAAGUUGAACUUAAGCAA